AUGGCUUCACCUCAAACUCAGCAGCAGCAAUCCCUGGAGGCGGAACUGCCUCAGUGGACAGAGUCCUCCGCUGGCACUGACUCAGAGCCUCAGACCUCUACUCGUACUGACCAUCGUGGCCGCUCCGUUGGGCGGCAUCACCUGGUAGAAGACCUCCGAAGGUCUUUGUACAGCCACGACGAGGCUCAUGUCCGAUACAAUCCGUACCCACAGACCCCCAGUAGUCACCGUUACCUCGAUGCCUUUGGCUCGACAGACGUCAUACAGGCACUCUCACGUAACUUCCCCUUGGCCAUAGCUAUCUCAGCCGAGCCUAUCCAGCAGUCCAAGCUCGCUACUCUCUCUGUCCGCACCAUCACAGAGAUGCUCAAAGCUGAGGGGGUGUCGCGCGCUGCUCGCCGCAGGGAGCUCACCACAAUGAAGAUCCAAAUCGCAGAGAAGCAACGACAGAUCGCCUUACUCAAGUCGCUCGUCCACUCUCAGGAAAGCUGUAUCCAGCUAGCCGAUGUCCAUUUCGGUCAGCUGGAGAAGCAUGCCCGCCAGCGCGACAUCGAUGUUGAUGCUUGCAUCCACGAGGAUGAGGAGAGCGUCAACCGCUACUUGGAGGGUGUGGAGCCACAGUCCCCGGCUCAUGACUCUGAGGAGAGCGAGGACGAUGAAGAGGGCGAAAGGAGCAGUGACGGUCUUGAUAUGUCCAGCUCUGACACCGCUGUCAUGGUGGACGGAUUUGGCGGAUACGAAGCUGUCAAGAAGGCCUAA